CAGCAAAGCAAGGUCCCACACUCUUACAUCUGUUCUAUUCUAUUAACAGAGCAGCAGGCAUCACUCCUUCCAUCCAACAGUCGAACGAACGCAAAAGCAAGCUGCAGCGCGCACUUCAUCCUCCUCACUUGCUCAGACUGCUCUGCGGCACCAGCAUCAAGACCAUGUCCGCAUCCACAUCCGCGUCCGCAUCCACAUUCGCAUCCACACCGCUGAUCUGUGUCGUGCGACGCCCAGCCGCGGCGGGAUCGAGCCAGGUCGGACUCGCGCUCGACUACGGCGGCGUCGCAGUGAACAUGACGCGCCAGGCCGACGAGACCAUCGAGCGCACCUUCGAGCGCCUCACGCGGACCAUCCAGUCGUCCAUGUCCAAGCGCGACGCAGCGACCAAGGGCAAGGGCGGCAGCGCCACCAGUCCAGCGACCUCUGGGACUGCUGCGACUCUGCUCACGAUCGACCUCCUCGACGCCGGUGCAGGCGCUGCCAGGAUUGCACCGACAACCACGAACGGAGACGCAUGGCAGCAGGGCCAGACGCUGGUCAUUGGCUCGACGCGGUUUGACGUUGUGCUCAAUCCGCCGCUCGUUACGCAACUUACGCUGUGCGAGCCGGCACGCGUCGGAUUGCCGCUCGUGCCCGUUGCAUCAUUCGAAAAUUGCGCAAGACAGGACGCCACCUGGUCCUGGCAUCGUGUUGCGGCUCCGACCCCAGCAGCAGACGCCAAGAAAUCCGCCAGCAAGCAACAAGCUCAACUCCCAACGACCAAACCAAUCGCGACCUCGCAAGUGUACCUACCAGUUCCGGAAGAUCUAGAUCACUUGCUGCAGUGUGUGUGCACCCCAAAGAACGCAGCCUCAGGCGCAGUUGGACAGCCAGCCACCGUUCUGCUGACAAAGGUGGUCGCACCAACCACGCCAUCCUCGCAUCCCAUCCCUCACCAUCUUCUCCCGACCGACAGCCGCGGUGCCGACAACCGCGUUUCGGUGCUGCAUCAACAUACGCAACCACCGCCACCCCCACCAGCCGUGGCUUUGCCGAGCCAACCCAUCCCAGCAAACUGCUUGGCGCCCGUCUCGCCACUGGAGCGAUCAGCGGGUGCUCAGCUCCGUGUCGUCACGUAUAACAUUCUGGCAGAUGUCUAUGCCGACUCGGACUAUGCCCGAACCGUCUUGUACCCGUAUUGUGCGCCGUUCGCCCUCAAGCUGGACUAUCGUCGACAAAUGAUUGCGCGCGAGCUGCAGCGCUUUGACGGCGACCUUGUCUGUCUGCAGGAGGUCGAACGCAAGCAAUUCCAAACCUUCUUUGAGCCCUUUAUGGAGAGCCUUGGAUUUCUGGGUCUCUUCCGAUGCAAGACGCGCUCGAUCGCCGAGGGCUCGGCCAUGUUCUUCCGGCGCAGCCAAUUCAGCUUGGUGAGCUCGCACGACGUCGCGCUCAACGAGCGAUGGAAGACGGCUCCCCACUGCGCAAAACUGGCCCGCCUGCUUGAAACCCACUCUGGACUGCAGGCCAAGUUUGAGGAGCUGUCCACUGUCGCGCAAAUUUCCGUCCUGCAUCAGCUCGAGCAUCCCACCGGCUCACCCGCACGCUUUGUCAUUGCCGCCAACACGCACCUGUACUUUCAUCCAAAGGCCAACAACUUCCGCCUGAUGCAAAUGUCGGUGAUUUUGUCCGAAAUCGAGAGCGCCAAAGCCGCUCUGCGCGAGCAGCACCCGCACGCCCGCAUCGCAGUCGUGUUUUGCGGCGAUUUCAACAGCUGGUCCGACCGUGCUGCGUGCAAGCUGGCCACAAUGGGCUCCAUCCCGGCAUCGCACGAGGAUUGGGACUUUUUGCUCGAGCUGGCGAGCGGCGAGGAGAAUGAGGAUGCCAGCAGCAGCAGCAGUGUCAACGCUUCCGCCAACACUGCUCGGCGUCUGGGUGUCGACCUCGAUCAUGGACUGCACCUCGUGAGCGUGUGUGGUGAUGCCGCGUACACCAACUAUGUCGGCGGCUUUAACGCGUGCCUGGAUCACAUUUUCGUGGAUUCGCACGAGCUGGCUGUGACCUCUGUCUUGCCGAUGCCCUCGCACCACGAGGUGACUACCAAUCGGGCCCUCCCGUCUGUCGUUUUCCCGAGCGACCAUCUUGCGCUUGUCGCUGAUUUCCGCUGGACAGAGUAGACUUUGGUCGGUUUCUACUGUCUGCAAUAGAAUUUGUCGUUCAUUGUUGUCGAUUCGAUUGCAAGUUCAGUCACACUUUUUUUUUCCCCCC